GUUAAUCGGGUAUUUGUUUGGCAGUUGCUAUCGAUACUAUUCGUUGUACAUGUCCAUUCAUAGUGACAUGGUUGAAUUACCACAAAGGAACACGCUUGCACAUGCCGGUAUUUUCUUAUUGUCAUUUCAAAGAUUUAUAGGAACUGAAAUUGCGUGGAAAGGAAUAAAAGAAGCCGUUGGUCUAACGUAAACACCAAGCCCACACGAUGGACCGUUACGGAAAAGGCUCCACUCUACCGCUGUAUGGAACGGGUUCCUCUUCCGGUCAGACCGGCCCCAGCAAACCCUCAAUUGUCUCCAACCUCGGUCUCAGUCAGCACUUACAGAUCUCGGGCUACAUGGUCCUAGCGUCAUGUUUAUUCUGGGUGUUCAUGAUUUAUUUCGGAUUCCGCGGUGCGCAGUAUGGUCUUUUGUACAUGUCUUUGGACGAUGCCGAUUUGGAUGAAAUCGGGUGUUGUGCAAACUUCGGUGGGACUCUACAAGAUAACAGAAACUUCAUUGAGAAAUACCCCAAAGGGGACACUGUGCCGUAUUUAAUGAGAUUAGGACCAGAGACGUUUUCAGGCGGAUUUAAAGGAACCGAGGCGCCAGGCGUGUUACAGGAUAUUCCGCCGAUUGUGACGGCAGUGGCGUCGGCGGAUUUCUAUCACGUGCAGUCGUUGAUACGUCAGUGGAAAGAGGAGAUAAAGCCACACAUCCCGGAAGCCAAGUUCAUCAUUUACGACAUCGGACUUUUUGAAAGUGAAAUCAAUUUGAUCGCUCAACACUGCAAUUGUGACGUCCGAACCUUUAGGCCCGACAGCUACCCAAACCAUGUGGCAGAUAUCUCCAACUUCGCAUACAGGCCCAUCAUUAUUCAGACAAUUAUCGAGGAGUACGGUUCUGUACUGUGGCUCAACCCCAACAUGCUGAUAACUCGCCAUUCGGAUCUCAACCAGCUCAAAUACCGCGGGGAAAGAGACUUCUUUUUGUGGCCAUCACCACACGUCGUCAACACUGUGGGUUUUACAAACCCGAGAAUGUUUACGUUCCUCACGGAAUCGAGAUGUUGCUAUACAGAGUCAGAGAUGGUCGAUAUCUCUACAAUGGCGUUCUAUCGGACAAAUACCCUCUGGAUGGACAUUAUGAAGCCGUGGUUGACAUGCGCACUGAACGCUGAAUGUAUUGCUCCGCCGAAAAGUACGUACAGCGCAUGCUUCGAGACGCGCGCGCCAAAAACAACAGGAUGUCAUAGAUUUGACCAAUCAAUUUUGAGUAUUCUUAUGGAACGAAUGUUUCAGUUUACUUCUAAAUCCGAGAAGUAUGUAGUUCCUAGAUUGUCACGUGCUCAAGACGAAUACUUAGAAUACUUUCCAGAGCAGCCAUGGACAUACACCGAAAUGUUCUUUGUUUCGGCUGUUCCAUUGACAUGUGUAGGCGGACUUAUUUAUAUGUUUGUUAGGAGAAGACAAGUUGUCAAGUCAAGGUUCAGAAAACGAUGAUUGGAAGUGAGAAAAACAUAAGUAUUUUACUUUGACAUUAGCUGUGCUGUGAUUUGGAUUGUGUAGAUGAGACUGGAUUUCGACGUAAAACGUAACAUAUUAAGUUAUAUAUAUCAUUUCUUUUUAAUGCGAAUUGCUGACAUACAUAUAAGUAUGGGUUUUCCUUGUAUAAAUAUAUAUGCUCAUAGAUCUAACCUACUUGAGAUGAAUGACUUGGGUAAAGUUCAGUUUAUUCAUAUACAUGUGAAUACUACUUGAACAUUGUUACGUUCAGUUUUCUUAGAACCAAUUAAGAUGUAUGUAUACAUAGAUUACAUACUACAUACGUCCACUUUCAUGGGCGUAGCUAGACUACAAUUGAUGUGCACACCCGGUUUGCUAGGCUGGCUUUUGUUUAUACUAUUUUCUUUCAGCCCGAUUGUGACGAAAGUAGAUAGGCCGUCAGAAAGUUCCCUUGAUAGGGAUCAAACUCAAAACGUCUUGGGUUAAAGGCGGACCACUCUCGCAUAGGGUGGCUUUCGUGGACAUGCUCAAUUGCGAUCUUUUUAAUGCAGGGUGCGCCAUGGUGCUUUUCUCUGCUGUAUCUUAAAAUUAAAAAAAAUAUACAUACAUAUACAUUUUUUAGAAAUGCCUCUUUUGGAGAUCAUGUGCAGACGCGGGCCUAUGUUGAUUUUGCUACGCUAGUGACGUUUUAAGUACGACUUGAAUAAUUAUACUGUCAUACUUUACUUAAUUAUUAUGCACUGUAUUGCUUUCUUCAAGAACACUUAUAUUGUCUUAUAAUAUGUUAAUUUCCACUUUACAAUUUAUACUGUAUAGUAUGGUAUUUCACUUGUACUUAAUGUAUGUUUGAUUUAUAUGUGCUCACUAGCAUAAUACUUAAUAUGUAUAAUAUAGUAAUAUAUACAUAACCCUGUUGUCAGAUGAUCUGUGUAAAUCAAAUGUGUUCAGUCAGUAUUUUAAUUCAAUGCUGGGACGAUUCUUUUUUCUUUGUAAAAUAUUUUUUUUUUUUUUUUUGUAUUUUCUUUAUAUAACCGAAUAAUAUGUGUUUUAAAUGUAAGAUUAUUCCAUAUAUGUUAUUGUUCGUGUUUUAAAUAAGACGUGUUUAUUUAUUUAUUUUCUUCACUUACUUUGUGAUGUGUUGUUGUUGCCACGUUUCUUCUCUUAUACUUUUCCAUCGCGAUGCAUUACAAUCAUACACCUUAUUAAUUGCUGUAAUUUAAUGCUAACAACAAUCAUAUUUGUGCAUUAAAUGCAAAUACAUAGGUUAAAUUAUUAAACUUAAGAUGUGUUUUUUUGUUAUUAUUAUUGCAAUAAUGCGCCUGUUAUAUAGUUUCAACUACCCUUG